CCUGCUGCAGUACUGAGCCCCUGGACUGGAAAGCGUGGAGCAGGUCCGUCGAUGGUCUCAUCUUUUUGUUAGGUUUUGCUUUUUUUCUGGUGAGAACUCAAGAGACCAUGUCUGCAGAUCUCUCUUCAUCCACGAGAGAGGAGGGGAGCUGUGGCUCAGGACCCAGUUUUAGAUGCAACCAGAGGAAGAUGCUGCACCUGCUGCUGGAGAGAGACAGUUCCUUUACCAUCUGUCCAGAGCUCCCUAGAACUCCGGUGGACAGGCUGCUCGGUGAUUCUGCAAACCUCAGCAUUUUAUCUGGAGAUACCCCCAAACGUUGCCUGGAUCUUUCGAAUCUUAGCGGUGCGGAGGUGUUUGGCACUCAGCUUGCCACUGCUGCAGACCUUGAUGAAACUGGUCACAUGGAUUCUUCAGAACCUCAAGAAGUGCAGUUAAGUGGGAUGAAUCAUCACCAGUGCCCUAUGAAAUGCAGCCCAGUGCAGCUUUUGUGUAGCACUCCAAAUGCUUUGGACCAUGGGUGCCGAAAGAAAGCUCAAAUCUGUACGUCACUCACGAAGAAAGAAAAUGAAGGCAACACUUUAAAACCUUUGCAGUGGCAGUCACCUGGGAACCUAAAGUUUCGAGAGAGACCAAAGAGGCUUUUUGCGUCUCCCCUUUCUCUUCUGGACAAUGGAAACUUGGUAGAAAAUGAGGUGAAUUGCCUGGGUAGUCCCAUUACUCUAUUUCCAAAAUUGAAUAAAAGCCCAGAUGUAGUAGAAGAUCAAGCCAGAGAGAUUUCAAGUGAAUUGAUGGAAUUUUCCCUGGAGGAUCAAGAAGAGAGCAAGGCAUCCCUGAAUAGAAGCUGCCUGUAUCGCUCACCCUCAAUGCCAGAGGGUUUGAAUAGGCCAAGAGUGAAGCAGGUAAAAUCUAAGGACAAUGUGAUACCAGAUCAAACACACAAAAAGUAUUGUUCUGGCCCUGAAAUGUUUAGGAAGGGUGCAGGCCCGAAGAAGACAGUCUCCCUCUGUGACAUUAGUAUCGCUUUCAUGCUGGAGGAAGAGUCCAACCAGGGGCAACUGACUGGUGAUUUUUCCAAGGUAUGUGUGCUGCCAACCGUGUCAGGGAGACACCAAGAUCUGAAGUACAUCAACCCAGAAACAGUUGCAGCCUUAUUGUUGGGCAAGUUCCAGAGUCUGAUUGAGAAGUUUUAUAUCAUUGAUUGUCGCUGUCCGUAUGAAUACCUGGGAGGGCACAUCAGGGGUGCUUUAAACUUAUAUAGUCAAAAAGAGCUAUAUAGCUUCUUUCUGGAGAAACCCAUUGUCCCUUUGGAUGUCCAGAAAAGAAUCAUCAUUGUGUUCCACUGUGAAUUCUCCUCUGAGAGGGGCCCUCGAAUGUGCCGCUCUCUACGAGAAGAGAACAGGGCUCGGAACCAGUAUCCUGCAUUACAUUACCCAGAGCUGUAUAUCCUCAAAGGGGGUUACAGGGACUUUUUUCCAGAAUAUACGGAGCUGUGUGAACCACAGAGCUACUGUCCUAUGCAUCACCUGGACCACAAGGCGGAACUGCUGAGGUGUCGAAGCCAGAGCAAAGCCCAGGAAGGGGAAAGGCAGCUGAGGGGUCAAAUAGCCCUCCUGGUGAAGGACAUUUGUCCGUGAGAGCAGGUCAGCCAAUGGGCUGUUAAAGAGUCACCAAGGACACUGUAGAAAGCCGAGCAGAAAGAGGCCAUCAUCUAGGUGCUGCACAGAUGCUAUAUGGAGGCCAAAGCCUGUGGAGCUCUAUGAUAGUAAUGAUGUCU